AAUUUUCUCAUAUUUUCUUCUGCAUGCUCCAGACCUGAGAGUGACUACUUCCGAAGUUUUUCUACCAGUUUGAAAAAAUAUAUGCAAGGGAUUUAAGGUAAAUAAUAUAUUUCCAUUGAUACAAAUUCUUAUUAUAUAUAAUAUUUAGCUGUAGAACAUUACGUCUUAUAUCUUUAUUGGCUUUUAUUCCACAUUUUCAAGGAGUUGUUUAAAUUCGUUAUAACCAUGGAGCUUUUAAAAAAUGAACCUUCUGGAAAAUAUAACGUCCCUUUAGGACAUUUCGAUUUUGAUUAUAUUAGAGGUUGUAGUAAUUUGAAAGAACUGGAAAAAAUACUGAAAGUGUUAAGAUCCGGUGACGAAGGGAAGUAUCCUGAACUAGAACAAUGUUGUGAGGAGAGAAUUAAAUCUAUAAAUCCAGAGAGUCGAGUUCUUCGACAAGACACUCCUUUGUUAAAUGUGAAAGACAUGGAUGAUAAGGAUCAGAUCAAGAAUAUACAAGAUGACAUAACGCAAUGGACUUCUGAAAUGAAAAUCAAGGAAGAUAGAGCAACCGAAUUUCACGAUGAAAAUCUACCUCCAAUUAGAGGAUCUUCUGUUAUUAGCGGCAACGCAUCGUCAUCAAAAGCGACAGAACCAGCAAAGCGUCCAGUAAAACCUAGGGAAUAUCGAGAUUGGGAUAAAAUUGAUGUUGAGAAAGAACUAGAUAAGAUUGAUUUAAAUGAAGACAAACCGAAAACUAACAAAAAUAUCCUUAGAACAAGCAAUGUUCAAUCUAUUCCAGAUUCGAUUGAUACAUCAGGUUUAGGAGAAGAGCAAAAAUUCAAAUUAGCUGAGAGAGAAAAGGAAAAAGGAAAUGAGGCCUAUAAAGCCGGAGAUCUAGCCGAAGCUAUCAAAUAUUACACAAGAAGCAUAUCUGUGAUAAAUAAUCAUGCUUCCUAUAAUAACAGGGGCUUAGCUUACUUAAAGCAAAAGGAAUAUGGAAAAGCCAUGUCCGAUUUUGAUAAAGUUAUACAAAUGGAACCUGAAAAUGUUAAAGCCCUUAUUCGACGCUCAAACUGUUACAAGGAAAAAAAGCAAUUGAUUUUAGCUCGAAAGGACAUUGAAACUGCUCUCAAACAUAAUCCAGAAAGUAAACAUGCACUUAAAGAAAAAAUACUUAUUGAAGAAGCACUUGCUGAACAAAAAGUAAAGGGAAGAAAAAUGGUGAUAGAAGAUAUUGAAGGGUCAUCUUCAGACUCAGAAGAAGAAAAUACUUCAGUCAUUGAAAAACCUAAUGUCAGUGAGGAAAAUAAUUUCAAAACAACUGCUGUCAGUGAAUCAAGUAGCAACCCAGAAGUAAAACCAGAAGUGAAGAUUGAAAAUGAGGUAAAAGCUAAAUUAAGUAGGUCUAAAGAAUCUAAAGAACAAGAAAAUAUGAAAAACAAAGAGGAAAGAGAACUCAAUACUGAAGUUAAAGAAAGAAAUCAAGAUAACAAUGAAAUCAAUAUAAAGAAAAAUGAAAUUCAAAUCAAGAAAAUGCCAAAGAAAGUGGAGGAUAAAAAAGCAAUAGCAAAUGAUUUCUUUAAACGCGGGCAAUACGAUCAGGCUAUUUCUAAUUAUUCUUCCGGAAUAGAUAUGUUAAAAAAUUUAAAGGAUGAUGGUUACAACUUUCAUUUAGCCACUCUUUUAAGCAAUCGAGCUCAAGCUAAUAUCAAAAUUGGUGAUUGCUCGUCAGCGGUAAAAGACUGUAAUUUAUCCUUAGACAUUUUCCCCGGUUUAUGGAAGACAGUUCUUAGGAGGGCGAGUGCCUAUGAAGCUAUGGAGAAAUAUCAUGAAGCCUACGCCGACUAUCAACUAACCCUAACAAUGGUGCCGGGAAACGAAAUGUCUCUACAAGCAAGUGCAAGAUGCAUGAGAGUUCUACAAGAUCUUCACGGAAACAAAUGGCGGCAAAAAAUUCCAAAGAGACUCGCUAUGACAUUAUAUGAAGGACCGAGCAGUAUAUCCAAUGUUGAAACCACAAAAAGUAAAGAAAUUGAAAGAUUAUUUAAUAUAAAUAAGACAAAGGGAAAUGAAUUAGUAAAGAAGGAAAAAUAUAAAGAAGCUAUUAAUUACUAUUCAGAGUGUAUAAAGAUUUCCCCAGAAAGUACACCUCCUUAUACAAAUAGAGCUUUGUGCUAUUUAAAACUGGGUGAUAGUGAAAAAGCUAAAGAUGACUGUUCUAAAGCAUUAGAAUACGAGAAGGAUAACAUUAAAGCACUUUAUCGUAGAGCUCAAGCUAAUGAUGCUUUGAAAAAUUAUAAGUCAGCGAAGGAUGACUUAACAGCGCUUCUUCAGUUAGAACUUAAUAAUAAACCAGCAAAAAUUUUACUUCAAGCAAUUUCGAAAAAAGAAGAAGAGAGCAAAAAAGAACCAGGACGUCAUAAAAUUCCUAUAGUGGAAAGUGAUUCUGACGAAAGUUCUGACGAAAAUGAGACAAAUGUAAAAAUAGUUAAGAAAAAACAUGAGGAUAUUGUCAAACCUCGUGUGCGGCCAUCUAGCGAUCAAGAGUCUCCUGCCCCAAGUAAGGAGCCGAUAUCUGAGAAAAAUAUGACAAAUCAUAAUUUUAUGAGGAUUCUAAGUGAAGAAAGUGGUGCAGAAAAAUUAGUAAAUGUUCUUGAACAAUUUGAACCACAAAAGUUGUCUAAAGUUGUUGGAAACAAGUUGGAAGGAAAAGCUCUCGCUAAUUUAAUAAAAUGCGUGGACCUAAAAUUUUUGAAAGAAGGAAAUUGUAAACAAGCUUUUGAAUAUCUUAAAGCUAUUGUAAGAAUUCCUAGAUUUGCUUUGAAUUAUAAAUUCCUAUCUAAAGCAGAACAAGCAAUGAUAAAGUGUGUAGUUGAUAAAAUUGAAUCUGCUCAAUGUUGUUCAGGGGAGGAACUUUAUAAUAUUAAGAAAUUCUUAUAA